UCGUUUUCUCGUACCAACAACAACAUAAACAAAAACAAAGAACGAUUUUCCAGGGAGAUAGCCGCAACGCAACGCGGCUGCCAAAUCAAUAUAGAAAAUGAGCAUAGACGACGUCAUCUAUGUAAUCUGCCUGCUGGCCUGCAUCGGGGCCGGCAAUUAUGUGCGGAAGGUGCGCGAUGAGGCCCAACGCAAAAUGGUAUCUACGGCACUGGGUGUGAUUGUGGUGGUCAUUGUGUCGGGCCCGCUCCACAGCCUGCAUUGCAUUGCAUCCUUGGCCUUGGGCACCGCCAGUGUGCUGCUAGUGCAUCCAAGCAAAUGCCAUUUGGUUACAUUUCUCAUAAUGUUUGGCUACCUGGUGUUCUUCCGGCUGUUUGACUUCUACUGGAGCAUUCCUGGGCACACGAACAUGAUACAAAUGAUACUUACACUUAAGGUCUCGGGUAUUGCCUUUGAAAAAACAGCCGCCUGGAAACGCAUACGCGAAAAGGAUGAACAGGACAAGAACGCUCAGCGGGACGUGAACAGCGAAAGUCCCAUUGAGAUCACCGACUACGAUCUGGAGCUGCAGCAAUUGACAGCCGCUGAAAUAGUGCACUAUAGCUUCAAUUACAUCGGGGUUCUAACAGGCCCCUACUAUCGCUAUCGCACAUAUAGGGACUACUUCGAUAUGCCAUUUAAGACGCAUGCCCCGUGCAUUGAUGCCACCAUUGAGAAGCUCAAAUGUGCCUCCUUCUACUGCGCCCUGUAUCUGGCCACCAACUACGUUUGGCCCCUGGAUUAUGCUUUGAGCGAUGAGUUCUACAAUGAUCGCUCAUUUGUCUACCGGCUGCUGUAUGUGUGGCCCACCUUCUUCACAUUCCGGGCACGAAUCUACACGGGUCUGACCCUCAGUGAGUGCGUCUGCACAAUGGCCGGGUUUGGGGCCUAUCCGGACGAGGCUGAUGCCAACAAUGGCGAGGGACCCCGCAAGCGCUAUCAGCACUUGAAACGCGAUGCCGACAAGCAUACCUACAACUUUACCACGAUUGUCAAUACCCGAGUGAUGGAAGUGGAGCGAUGCUGGACCUUCCGCGAGGGCAUGAAGCACUGGAAUGUCUGCGUGCAGUACUGGCUGGCCGUCAAUGUCUACAAGCUGUUUCCCAGCAAGAAGUACAGGGUUGGCAGAACGGGUGCCACUUUGCUCUGCUCGGCCUACUGGCACGGAUUCCGGCCGGGACACUAUUUCUGCAUCAUGGGCGCUCCCUUCUAUGUCUCCCUGGAGGAUAUGUGGAACAAGCUGGUGCGCAAGGAUGCCACUGGCCCGGUACGGACCGUCAUCGAUGUGCUCUUCUGGAUAUUCAAGUGGUUCGCCUUCAGCUACUUGGGCGUGGCCUUCCUGCUCUCCUCGUUCGGCAACAUUUGGCGUUUCUAUAGCUCUGUGUAUCACAUUGGAUACAUCUGCUGGGCGGCGAUGAUUGGACUCGGCUUUAUCCUCACAAACCAAAGGAAGGCAGCCGAACGUCGCAGGCAGAAGCGUGCAGCUGGUGGAGACACUGCUGCAGUGGAGGAAAAGAAAGCGCAGUGAUUUCUAUUGGAUUAGCUUUAAAAGGCAGUUCAAAUACAAAAGAAGUCACCCAAUUGUUAAGUGUUCCAUUAAGUCCAAUGGUAGAGACUGCAAACGUCUUCGCCACUACAUGGCUAAAUAUCUAUUAUAAACGACACCGAUCAAGGCACCAUUUGCUUGUUAAAGUUCUAAAGUUAUAUUCAACAAUAUCAGGCCCAACUAUGUACAUUUAUGUAACUACUUCCAUGUCUAACAGUUGAAGCCUACCUUCCAUAUGCAUAACCAUCCAUAUUUUAUCCGGGAAAAGAUGAUGAUAUUAAAUGAAAUUAGUUUGUAGAUCACAUAUGUUAACCAAAAUAAAGUGAAUCCUAAUGUAA